AAUCGCCGAGGAGAGUUCGCGAUGAAUCUUCCUCGCUGGAGUGGAAAACGGCGGCGUUCAGCAUCAGGCUCGGACUCCUUCUCGGGAAGCGGCGGUGACGGCAGGGACAGCCCCCUGCUCCACUCGGGGCCCGUGCUGAGUCCGCCGCCGGGUCUGGGACGCUGCUUGAAGGACCGCGGCCGACCGCAGGCCGCAGCUGCAGGGGAAUGCAAGCAGACAAUUCCUGACGAUCAAAUAGACAAGUUGCUGUUGGCAAACUGGGGACUUCCUGUAGCGGUUCUGGAAAAAUACCACAGUUUUGGUGUAAAAAAGAUGUUUGAAUGGCAGGCAGAGUGCCUUUUGCUUGGACAAGUCCUGGAAGGAAAGAAUUUAGUCUAUUCAGCUCCUACAAGUGCUGGGAAGACUCUUGUUGCUGAAUUACUUAUGUUGAAGCGAGUUUUGGAAAUGCGGAAGAAAGCUUUGUUUAUUUUGCCCUUUGUCUCUGUGGCUAAAGAGAAGAAAUACUAUCUUCAGAGUCUGUUUCAGGAAGUAGGAAUAAAUGUGGACGGUUAUAUGGGCAGUGCCUCUCCAACAGGGCAUUUCUCUUCCUUGGAUAUUGCUGUCUGCACAAUCGAGAGAGCCAAUGGUCUGAUCAAUCGCCUCAUAGAGGAAAAUAAGAUGGAUCUAUUAGGAAUGGUGGUUGUGGAUGAAUUGCAUAUGCUGGGAGACUCUCACCGAGGGUAUCUACUGGAGCUUUUGCUCACUAAGAUUUGCUAUAUUACUCACAAGUCAGCAUCUUGCCAGGCAAAUUUAGCCAGUUCUCUAUCUAAUGCCGUGCAGAUUGUUGGCAUGAGUGCUACUCUUCCUAAUUUGGAGAUUGUAGCUUCCUGGUUGAAUGCUGAACUCUACCACACCAACUUUCGUCCUGUACCACUGUUAGAGUCAGUAAAAAUUGGAAAUUCUAUAUAUGACUCUUCAAUGAAGCUUGUGAGGGAAUUUCAUCCCAAUCUACAAGUAAAGGGAGAUGAGGACCAUGUUGUUAGUUUAUGUUAUGAGACCAUUUGUGAUAACCAUUCAGUAUUACUUUUCUGUCCAUCAAAGAAAUGGUGUGAGAAGUUGGCAGAUAGCAUUGCCCGUGAGUUUUAUAAUCUACACCAUCAAGCCAAGGGAUUGGUAAGAUCAUCUGAACUUCCGCCAGUGAAACUGGAACAAAAGGGCCUCCUAGAAGUGAUGGAUCAGUUAAAACGUUCGCCUUCAGGCCUGGACUCUAUAUUACAAAAAACUAUACCAUGGGGAGUAGCAUUUCAUCAUGCAGGUCUUACUUUUGAGGAGAGGGAUAUCAUUGAAGGAGCCUUCCGUCAAGGUCAGAUUCGGGUUUUGGCAGCAACUUCUACUCUUUCAUCUGGGGUGAACCUACCAGCACGUCGUGUAAUUAUUCGGACUCCUAUUUUCAGUGGUCAACCUCUAGAUAUUCUUACUUAUAAGCAGAUGGUUGGUCGUGCUGGCAGGAAAGGGGUAGACACAGUUACACCUAUGUUUGAGGAUUGGACUACUAUUGAUUGGUAUCAAUUUUUCUGUUUAUGGGAGAAAUUGCCAACUUCUAUGAAACGGGUGGCAGAGCUAGUGGGAGUUGAAGAAGGGUUCUUGGCUCGCUGUGUGAAAGGAAAAGUCAUAGCGAGAACUGAGAGACAGCAACGCCAGAUGGCCAUCCAUAAAAGGUUUUUUACCAGUCUUGUGCUAUUAGAUUUAAUCAGUGAAGUUCCCUUAAAGGAAAUUAACCAGAAAUAUGGAUGCAGUCGUGGACAGAUUCAAUCUUUACAACAGUCAGCUGCUGUUUAUGCAGGGAUGAUUACAGUAUUUUCCAACCGCCUGGGCUGGCACAACAUGGAACUACUACUUUCUCAAUUUCAGAAGCGUCUUACAUUUGGCAUCCAGAGGGAGCUGUGUGACCUGGUCCGGGUGUCCUUACUUAAUGCACAGCGAGCCAGGUUCCUCUAUGCUUCUGGCUUUCUUACUGUAGCAGAUCUCGCCAGAGCAAAUAUUGCGGAGGUGGAGACCGUUCUGAAAAAUGCUGCUCCCUUUAAGAGUGCCCGAAAGGCAGUUGAUGAGGAAGAGGAAGCAGUUGAAGAACGUCGGAAUAUGCGAACUAUUUGGGUGACUGGCAGAAAAGGUUUAACUGAAAGGGAAGCAGCAGCCCUUAUUGUGGAAGAAGCCAAAAUGAUUCUGCAGCAGGACUUAGUCGAAAUGGGAGUGCAAUGGAAUCCAUAUUCCCUUUUAAAUUCUGAUACACACUCACUGACCAGCAGUGAGUCAGAAGUAAAGGAACAGAAAUUUAUACCCCAAACUAAAAGAUCUUGUAGAAGAUUAACAGCAAAGCAAAAAAGUAACUCGGUGUUUAGGGAUUCUUCUGCUAAGCAUUCACCAAAUACUGUGCAAGAUUUAGAGAAAAGUGGAGAGCGUACAAAUUCCUUUUAUGAUAAGUUACAGAAUGGGAAUCAAGAACGCCAGGCACAUUCCAUUUCCAGAGCAAGAAAACGGGCUUCUUUGAAUAUAAGUAAAGAAAAGCUAAGAACCUCUCUGAAUGAGGGAAGAACAUGCACUAAGAAAGUUGUUCAGACUCUCUUAUUUGAGAAAACAAAAAAAGAAGCUCUGAGUUUCAGUUCAGGAAAGAUGAGUACUGCCUCUGGAUCUUGGAAACAUAGUAAACGUGUAAAACAAUCUAGACACAGUAGCCCUGUGAAAGACACUGGGAUGUAUAGAAUUGAUUUACAGGAACAGACUAUAUCUAAUCCUGUUUAUUGUGGAGACUCAUUUACCUUAGAUGAGAAGAAUGUGGAAUUUAGAAGUCCAGAGCCUUUUGCUAAAAAUGUAUCUUCCUGUGCUGAGGGAAAAUAUAGCAAAGCAUCAUUCUCAUCACAAAGAGAACGAAGUUCAAAGAACAGAACAAAAACUAAUGAUAUUCUUGUGGAACAUUUUAUCACACAAUCCCAGAGUAAAAAAGUGACUUGUCAACCUACUAGUAUGGUUAGUGAAAAUGGAAGAGGAUUUGCCGUUGUUGAGUUAGAAAAAAUAAACACAGUCCUGAUGGUACAAAAUGAUUCAAAAAACCAGGAUGUUUAUGUAAAACACGACACCCACUCAAUUAACCAGUGCCCAGAAAAACAGUCUGAUAAACACACAAACACUUACACCAAACAGAAAAAAAUAGUAGAGAGACAAAUGCCCUGUGAGACAGGCAGUAGUUAUAUGAAUAGAGACUCAAAUGUUAUUAUCAAGUGUGGAAGUAUGAAGUUUAAUGGUGAGGAAAAUAAAUCAAAUAACUUUCAGGUAUCAGGAGAUAAUAUAAGUAGCGCUGAGAUACUCAGAAUACAUCUCCCAACUGGAGAAUCAGGAGGCCAGCAGGAGAAUUUUCUAAAUACCUCUAGAAUACAAGAAAAAACAGAAGCUUAUGCAGCAAACAAAACUAAGAAUAAUUGUGUUUCUGACUUAGGUUCAGUUCCUUGUGAAUUUGAAGAUAGUUUCUACCUGGAUACUCAGUCAGAGGAAAUAAUACAACAGAUAGCAACUGAAGAUGCCAAACAAGGAGCAAAGGAUACCAACCUGGCAACAGGGACGAUGCAGAAGAGCUUAGACAACCAGAGUUCGGUACGCUCUUUUCAGAAUGAGAUUCAUAUUACUUUUCCUGGUGAACGACAUUCUCCAGGAGUGACAAAUACAGAUCAUUUGGAACUUAAGACUGUAGAUACUAUGAAACAAGGCACUGAUUCACAUGAGGUUGGUAUCCUGACUCCAGAAAGCUCAAUUUUUCAUUCCCCAAUACUCUUGAGGGAAAAUGGCCCUUGUCUUAAAGGGAAUGAACUUUCUGUCACCGACUCUCAAUUAAAUAGUUUUCUUCAAGGUUAUCAAACACAAGAAGCUAUGAAGCCAGUUAUACCUCUGGUUCCUCAAAAGAGAACUACCACUGGUAUAGAAGCAGAAUGUCUGCCAGUUCCUGAAACAAGUUUGAAUUUGAGUGAUAGUUUACUAUUUGACAGUUUCAGUGAAGACUACCUAGUAAAAGAACAACCACCUGAUAUACAAGUGAAAGAACCCCUCUCUUCUGCACUAACAUCAAACCAUUUCAGUCAUUCUAUGUGUCUGCAACCAGAGGGCCCAAUUAGAAAAUCAAAUACAAAUGAGAAUCAAGAUAAUCAGCAACAGUUCUCUUGUUUCAGUGAUGAGUCUAUUAUAUUUUCAGAAAUGGAUUCUGCUCAGAUGGUUGAAGCUUUGGACAAUGUAGAAAUAUGUCCUGUCCAAGAGAAACGGAAUACUGCAGUGUCUCUUAGAGAAUUAGAAUUAAGUGAUCCAGUGACUGUAGGUAAUGAUUAUCCACAAAGAGAAGUAAUUGGAGGAGAUAAAGAUGAAAGGUCUCAAAAACCCAAAUUAACUGAGACAAGGGAAAAUAAUUCAUUGAUAUGGUCAGGGGCAUCAUUUGAUUUAAGUCCAGGACUGCAGAGAAUUUUAGACAAAGUGUCCAGUCCUCUAGGAAAUGAAAAGCAAAAAUUAACCACUACAAACUUGUCUAGUUUGAAAGGAAAAAAUACAGAGGUAAAUGACAAACAAAAAGUGAUUUCAAAUGUGGAGCCAAAUCAAGUUCAGGGUAUCUCAUUUUCCCCUAGUAUUGAAGUAGAAAGCAAGAUUAGGGCGCUGGAGACCAAUGGCCUUCAGGCUGAAACCUCAUCUCACUUGCCUUGUAAAGAAAAUUGUAUAGUUGAUGAUAAUGGACUCAUUCCUCCUACACCUAUUCCAGCAUCUGCUGCUAAGCUGAUAUUUCCAAGUAUUCGUGGAACAUCUUCUGUAAAACUUUGGAAAACACAUAGUGUUUUACAGCUUGGUGAAAGUUACUCAUUUGGCUCAUCUUCAAAUAUUAAAAACCAAGAUUUAACUUCAGAGAGUAGAAACGGUUUAAAAGAGGACAGUCCUAUUAGAGACACAAGUUUUUCACUGCAGUUAUCACAGGAUGGAUCGCAGUUAACUCCAGCCUCGUUCAGCCCAGGAAGUUUGGCCAUAAUUGAUGUAGCAAGUGACCAAACUCUCUUUCGGACAUUCAUUAAGGAGUGGCAGUGCAAAAAGCGAUUUUCCAUCUCACUGGCUUGUGAAAAGAUCAGUAAUUUGACAUCCUCUAAAAGUGCUGCUAUUGGUGGUAGGUUUAAGCAAGCUAGCUCACCUCAGAAAACCACUAUUAGAGAUGAUGGCGUUCCUGUUAAAGGUUGUGAUGACAUCCUGGUGGUUGGUCUGGCUGUAUGCUGGGGUGGAAGAGAUGCCUAUUAUUUUUCAUUGCAGAAGGAACAAAAGCAUCCUGAAAUUAGUUCCAGUUUGGUCCCACCUUCUCUGGAUCCAAGCCUGACUGUGAAAGACAGAAUGUGGUAUCUUCUAUCCUGCUUUCAAGAGGAAUCUGAUAAAGAAUGUUCUAUUAUCAUCUAUGACUUCAUCCAGAGCUAUAAAAUUCUUCUUCUGUCUUGUGGGAUCUCCCUGGAACAAAGUUAUGAAGAUCCUAAGGUGGCGUGCUGGUUACUAGAUCCAGAUUCUAAGGAGCCAACUCUUCACAGCAUAGUUUCCAGUUUUCUUCCUCAUGAGCUUCCCCUCCUGGAAGGGAUAGAGACUGGACAAGGAAUUCAGAGUCUGGGGCUGAAUGUCAACACUGAACAUUCCGGGCGAUACAGAGCAUCUGUAGAGUCGAUUCUCACCUUCAACGCUAUGAGUCAACUCAGUUCUUUGUUGAAGAAGGAAAACCUUCAAGAUGUUUUCUGUAAAGUGGAAAUGCCCUCUCAGUAUUGCUUGGCCUUGCUAGAGCUAAAUGGAAUUGGCUUUAGUACUGCAGAAUGUGAAAGUCAGAAACACAUAAUGCAAGCCAAGCUGGAUGCAAUCGAGACCCAGGCCUAUCAACUAGCAGGACACAGUUUUUCCUUCACCAGUUCAGAUGACAUCGCUGAGGUUUUAUUUUUGGAAUUGAAGUUACCACCAAAUGGAGAAAUAAAAAACCAAAGCAGCAAGAAAACUUUGGGUUCUACCAGAAGAGGGAAUGACAAUGGACGCAAGCUAAAGCUGGGAAAACAGUACAGCACUAGUAAGGAUGUUUUAAAUAAAUUAAGGGCAUUGCAUCCUUUACCAGGUUUGAUAUUAGAGUGGAGAAGAAUCACUAAUGCUAUUACCAAAGUGGUCUUUCCUCUGCAGCGGGAAAAGCGUCUGAAUCCUUUUCUUGGAAUGGAAAGAAUCUAUCCUGUAUCACAAUCACACACUGCUACAGGACGAAUAACCUUUACAGAACCAAAUAUUCAGAAUGUGCCAAGAGAUUUUGAGAUCAAAAUGCCAACACUAGUAGGGGAGAGCCCACCUUCCCAAGCCCUAGGCAAACGCCUACUUCCCAUGAGCAGAGGAAGAGGUAAGAAGAGCUAUGGCCUGAACCCUGGACACCAAGCACAGAUGGAGGAGAGAGCCUCAGACAGAGGAAUGCCAUUUCCAGUCAGCAUGCGACAUGCCUUUGUGCCUUUCCCAGGUGGUUUAAUAUUAGCUGCUGAUUACUCUCAACUUGAACUAAGGAUCUUGGCUCAUUUAUCCCACGAUCGUCGCCUCAUUCAAGUAUUAAACACUGGAGCUGAUGUUUUCAGGAGUAUUGCAGCUGAGUGGAAGAUGAUUGAGCCAGAGUCUGUUGGGGAUGAUCUGAGGCAACAAGCAAAGCAGAUUUGCUAUGGAAUCAUUUAUGGAAUGGGUGCUAAAUCAUUGGGAGAGCAGAUGGGCAUUAAAGAAAAUGAUGCUGCUUGCUACAUUGAUUCCUUCAAAUCCAGAUAUACAGGGAUUAAUCAUUUCAUGAGAGAGACAGUGAAGAAUUGUAAAAGAGACGGGUUUGUUCAGACCAUUUUGGGAAGGCGUAGAUAUUUACCAGGAAUCAACGACAACAACCCUUAUCAUAAAGCUCAUGCUGAGCGUCAGGCCAUCAACACAACAGUCCAAGGUUCGGCAGCUGAUAUUGUCAAAAUAGCCACAGUUAACAUUCAGAAGCAAUUAGAAACCUUCCACUCAACCUUCAAGUCCCAUGGUCAUCGGGAGAGUAUGCUCCAAAGUGACAGAACAGGAUUGUUAACAAAGAGAAAACUGCAAGGGAUGUUCUCCCCAAUCAGAGGAGGCUUCUUCAUCCUUCAACUCCAUGAUGAGCUCUUAUAUGAAGUGGCAGAAGAGGAUGUUGUUCAGGUAGCUCAGAUUGUUAAGAAUGAAAUGGAAAGUGCCAUAGAACUUUCUGUGAAACUGAAAGUGAAAGUGAAAAUAGGUGCGAGCUGGGGAGAGCUGAAGGACUUUGAUGUGUAAUUGUACAGCUGACUAAGUCCUUGUGGGGAAGCCUGGUGUAGGUACAACCACGUGGAAGAGAGAUUACCCUUUCACGUAUUUCAGGAAGACCAGCUCUCAAGUCUUGAUGGAUGUGGAAUAGUAAUGUUAGUGAGAGUUUCAAACUGCAUAUCCAGACUUUAUUCUCUGUAGUAUAAAGAAACUCUUUUUGAGACAAAAUACCAAGUUUAGUGAUUAUAUUCACUCUCAAAGAGUAUAUAUGAAAUCGCCUUUUACAGCUCUUUAUGGCUCUAAACAUGUUCAGAACAUGUGAUUGAAGUAUGCACUUAGCACUUUGGAUCUCAUCUGUCUGAAGCAUGAAGACCAUGGAACUGCUGGCUCAGGGGCAUUUCCAGCCCUGUCCAGGAUUUGGACUCUUGUGAUGCAGACCCCAGCAGGAGCCAUGGGCAGAUAGAGCUUUGGUUUCUCAUACACUACCACAGUUAGGCAUUGUGUGUGAUUUUUUUCUCCCAUAUCAAUUUAAGACUACUGGAGUAGCCUUUGUAAGCAGCAUUGGCUAAUAAAUUCUGAAUUCUGUAAAGUGGUAGACUUAUUAUGGAUGUCAUCUAGGAAUGGAUUUUCAUGAAAGGGUGUUUCUUCUCCUUUUCCCUCCUCAAUUCAUACAAUGAAUGUAUUUGCAAUACUGAGGUAUUAUAAAAUAAGCUACACCUCUUCAUGAGGUAUCCUGUUCUGUAAGAUCAGAUGUUUAUGCUGCAGUUUAAUAUGAUAAUGCCAAAGAAGGAAGACACUCCCGUGUCCAUCUCUUAGUGCCCCUUUCUGUGUUUGUGGCAUGGUGGGAAUACCCAUUGCUAAAGAGA